AGGAGAGGUGCGCGAGCCCAGCACCGGACAGAGGCGAGGCCGCCCUUCGGGGUGAGGGACGGGCAGCGCUGCCGAGGGGACACAGGGAACGAGCUGCGGUGAUGCCCCGGAGGAGCCGCGCAGGACAUGGGAAAGUCAGGCUCGGCCUACGACACACGGCUGCGCCAGAAGGUGGCGGUGAAGAAACUGUCGCGCCCCUUCCAGUCGCUGAUCCACGCACGGAGAACUUACCGCGAGCUGCGCCUGCUCAAGCAUCUGAAGCAUGAGAAUGUCAUCGGGCUGCUGGACGUGUUCACGCCGGCCACCUCCAUUGAGGACUUCAGCGAAGUGUACCUGGUGACCACCCUGAUGGGCGCCGACCUGAACAACAUCGUCAAGUGCCAGGCGCUGAGCGACGAACACGUCCAGUUCCUGGUUUACCAGUUGCUGCGCGGCCUGAAGUACAUCCACUCCGCGGGGAUCAUCCACCGGGACCUGAAGCCCAGCAACGUGGCCGUGAACGAGGACUGCGAGCUCAGGAUCCUGGACUUCGGGCUAGCCCGCCAGGCUGAUGAGGAGAUGACCGGCUACGUGGCCACGCGCUGGUACCGUGCACCUGAGAUCAUGCUCAACUGGAUGCACUACAACCAGACGGUGGAUAUCUGGUCUGUGGGCUGUAUCAUGGCUGAGCUGCUCCAGGGAAAGGCCCUCUUCCCAGGAAAUGACUACAUUGACCAACUGAAGCGGAUCAUGGAGGUGGUGGGCACGCCCAGCCCUGAGGUGCUGGCCAAGAUCUCCUCGGAGCAUGCCCGGACAUACAUCCAGUCCCUGCCGCCCAUGCCCCAGAAGGACCUCAGGAGCAUCUUCCAUGGAGCCAACCCCCUGGCUGUGGACCUCCUGGGAAGGAUGCUGGUGCUCGACAGCGACCAGAGGGUCAGCGCGGCCGACGCCCUGGCCCAUGCCUACUUCAGCCAGUACCAUGACCCCGAUGACGAGCCCGAGGCCGAGCCCUACGACGAGAGCGUGGAGGCCAAGGAGCGCACGGUGGAGGAGUGGAAGGAGCUCACCUACCAGGAGGUCCUCAGCUUCAAGCCCGCAGAGCCACCGCAGGCGCCCGGCAGCCUGGAGAUCGAGCAGUGAGGAGCCUGUGCCACCAGCUGCUCCAGAGGGGGCAAGAGCAUGCUGGCUACUUCCUCAGCCCACCGCAUGCCCACGAGGGGCCGCAGCACCGUGGCCACAGCCCCGCCCCCAGCCUGGGAUCCCGCCCACACACUGCUCCUCGUGGGCCGUCUGUGUGCGCGUGUAAUGCACACGUGUGUGUGUGUGUGUGUGCAAGCCGCGGGUGGAGUCUGCACCUCUGGAACCCCUUGGUCCUCCUGCCUCCUCUUGACCCUCUGGGUCUUCCUUAGGGCCUCACCAGGAUGCCCGAGGGGCUCUCCUCCGUCCCACAGGGCUGUCUAGGGCAAGUGUGGAACACGGGGGCAGAGCCCUAUGGAGACUAGGGGAGGCCUCUGCUGUCAGACCUUCUCAACCUGGAAGCGUGGGGCGCCCCUGGGAGAUGCUGAGGCCCCAUGGCCUGAAAGCUGAGCAGGGUCUUCCCUGAAGGUCACAGGGCAGGGACGGCCACAGGCUGUCAUCAGAGUCAUCCUGGAGCCAAGUGUCCCCCUAUACUGUGAGUGGCACGUGUGCACCACUGUGUGUUCCCGGUAUUUACGUGUCGAGGCACCUGCAGGCGGGUGUGUCUGUGGGUGCCCACGGGCUGCUGCCACGACCAGCAAGAAGCUUCCAGGGAGGUGGCUGUACUGUUCCAUCCCCCUCCUCGGUUCCCGAUGGGGGGAGGGUGCCGCUGCUGAGGCAUCUGUGCGGGGGCUCCCGUGGGCAAGGGGCAACUGGUGAACAAAAGCCAGGGCUUCCUCCUUGCGUGCGGGGGCUGCAGCAGGCACCAGGAGCCCCCCGAAGUUGGCCCAGGGGCUCCAGCCUGUGAGGGAGCUGCACACUCGGGCUCAGACCCUGGACCUUGGCCGGAGCUGAGGAGGAAGCCUCUGCUGAUACCUCUGCACCCCACCCCCUCUGGCCCUGCAGCCCGCAGCUGGGGUCAGCUCUCGCCCUCCCUUCUUCCAGGAUGGGCUGACCUGGCAACCUCUGGGACAGGACUCGGUUCAAGAUGUGUUGGGGUGUGGGCCUCCGUCGUGGGGCCUCUCCGUGAGGGGUGGUGUUGCGUGUGUUGGGGCGACCUCCCACCUUGCAGAGGUCUCGACGUCAAGUGCCUGCACCAGGGUUUCACAAUAAAGAGGAUUCUCUCUCUCAG